AUGCGGUCGAAUAGCGGGAGCUUGGCGAUUGGAGAGUUGAUCGGCGCUGCAACUUUCAUAACCUCCGUUGUCGCCGGCUCCAUGGCAUUAGUUCGGCCCUUUAAGGUCGCACGAAGGAGUUUUAUCCGAGAUGUGGGCUAUUUCGUAGUGGCCGUCGUUUUCAGCAUGUUCAUGCUGGCUGAUGGGAAACUCCAUGUAUGGGAGUCAGCUGCAAUGGUAGGCUUGUACGCCUUCUAUGUCGUGAUGGUGGUGACCUGGCACUGGUAUCUGGUACGACAGCGCCGAAAGAGUGAACGAGACAUUGCAGCACGAGCUCAUUUCCAUAUACCGGAAAAUCAAGAGCUGGAGAUCGAAGAGACCGCCGAGGACGAUGAUCCCGGUGUAGCGUCAGAAUCACGAAGUCUUCUCCGUGGAGCCUCGACUGAAGAUUUUGAUCUUUUGGAACGCGCUGACGCUGUACCUCUAUGGAAACAAGAGGAUGACGAAGACGACGAGACACGCAACCGUUACUUAGCCGAGAUUCGUGAUAACAUGCACGUCUAUCGGCCGGUGAACUCGAGACGUAAUACGAUGAACCCCAUUCGACCGAGUCUUGUCGGUGCACUAGAGUUUCAAUCUGUUCUUCACUCGCUGCAGAAAUCUAGAAACACUCGUCACAAUCCGACAAUAAGCCUCAACAUCUAUUCAAAUGACGGUGAGUCCGAUUUCGAUACGCGCUCGGUGGCAUCGCAUCCCCGCGCCAGUCGACCAUCUGCCAGUACCGACCGCUUGUCGCCGUCUAGUGCAGCGGGUUCCUCUCGAGUUCGAGCAGUGUCGGCCAACGAUGCCUUGGGGUUGAAAUUCGACUCCAGCAUUUUGGAGCCCCGGCCAACACAAGCUCCACUGCUUACAGUGAGUAAACCUUCUUUUGAGGAUGCUUCGGGGCAAGAAGCCAUGCAGUCACGCCGGCUCCCUCGAAUUGACACUGGCAUGGCGCUUGACGUGGCUUCCGCGAAUCAGUCGCCGAGCCUGAGUCCAGUCACCACAAGUCCUCGAACUCCCGACCGGCUUGCUCCGUUGGACGCGUUUAAUUCCCCCAAUUACCGCAACGGAGCGACGAUACAUGACCGGUCUCCAAUGUCGGUAUCUCCUAGGGGUACUCCAGCCCGUCGUCUAUCGGGCUUCGGGUUGGAAAGCCCAUCAGUGCCGUUUCCAUCGUAUACUGAUUUCCCCCCCAUGGCACUGUCACGACCACCAAGCCUUCGACUUCCAAAUUCAGCCAGCCAGUUAGAACAACUACAAAUCCACGACGGGUAUGAUGAAUUCGCUCAUGUAGGCCUCCCUUUCAGCAAAUCCUUGAGGAAUUGGUGGCCUGACUCGAUCCCCCAUCCCCAGCAGAUUGGUUGCACCCUCUUUCCGACCUUGGUGGGCUGGACGUCUAAGAAUGUCUGGGAACAAUUGCUUGGUAUUAUAGCAGCUCCCAGUGUGCUGCUUCUCACCAUUACAGUCCCAGUGGUUGAGCCUGAGGCACCGGACUUUGUGGAACCGGACCCCAUUCCUUCGGUCAUCAUUCAGGAUGUCGACAACGGAGAUAAUCCUUCCCCAAGGGUUAGACUUCCAGCCGAUAGUCCAGUGAUUGUGGCUCAGACACAUGACUAUGCCGAGUCACCUUCUAAUGUACCGCCAACGCAUCCCCAUCGAAAGUCCUCAUGUGAACACACUGGUCGCCCGCGAUGGGACUCAGAACUCCCAGCCGUGCCGGUGCCAGCUUCACAUCCUGUGCAUCCGGUGCCAACAAAGGACUGGAAUCGCUGGCUAGUUUGCAUUCAAUUGUUCACAGGUCCCUUCUUCGCGGUUCUUAUCGCCUGGACCACCGUGGACGAAGACCGUCAGCUGCGCAACCUCGUUCUUCCCUCCCUCUUCUCGCUCUUGUUCUCAUCCAUCUGUCUCGCAGCUCUCAUGAUAAGCACCCGUCGUCAACGAAAUCACCGACGUCCCAGUGCAGAUUUGUCCAUUCCUCUCCUCCCCCAUGAAUCCCGACCCAACAUCAGCACCCUCCCACCGCAAUGGCGGCCCUUCCUCUCCUUACUUGGCUUCUUAGUCGCCAUAUCCUGGAUCGCCACAAUUGCUACAGAAGUUGUCUCCCUCCUCAAGACUAUCGGCGUCAUCCUCAAUAUCUCUGAUUCCCUACUCGGACUGACGAUCUUCGCCGUCGGGAACUCGUUAGGCGAUCUAGUCGCUGAUAUUACAGUUGCCCGACUCGGGUAUCCGGUCAUGGCUCUGAGCGCCUGCUUUGGUGGUCCUAUGCUCAAUAUCCUCCUCGGCAUCGGACUUGGUGGGUUGUACAUGACCCUCAACAGCGGGAACCAGAGACACAAUGAGGCGCUGCAGGGAGCCGGCCCUAUGCAAGUCCCGUAUGACAUAGUCAUCUCCAAGGUGCUUGUUAUAAGCGGCGCGACACUUUUGCUAAUCCUGGUUGGGCUUUUGAUUGUUGUUCCUAUGAACAACUGGAGAAUGGAUCGCAGGAUUGGGUGGGGUCUUGUUGCUGUUUGGUGUGUGGGUACCCUGGGGAAUGUGAUUGCGGAAGUUAUCUUGUGA